GGCAACCGACCUCAUCUUCACAUGAGAGUUUUUCUUUCUUUCUGUUGUGAAAACUUGAAGAAAAAGCAGACAUGAGUCUCUCCGGGAAAGACAAGCGCGUCGUGAGGGCUAUCUGGGAAAAAAUGUCCCCCAAGUGCGAUGAAAUUGGAGCUGAGGCUCUUGGCAGGAUGCUGGUUAGUUUCCCGCAGUCUAAGACCUACUUCUCACACUGGGCGGACCUGAGUCCUAGUUCCCCUCAGGUGAGGAAGCAUGGAGCCGUCAUCAUGGGGGCUGUUGGAGAAGCCGUCGGAAACAUGGAUGAUCUUCCAGGAUUCCUCUCCAAACUCAGCGAGCUGCACGCCUUCAAGCUCAGGGUGGACCCCGCCAACUUCAAGAUCCUGGCCCACAACAUCAUCCUGGUCAUGGCCAUGUUCUUCCCCAGAGACUUCACUGCAGAGGUGCACGUCUCCGUUGACAAGUACUUGCAGAAUCUGGCUCUGGCUCUGGCCGAGAAGUACCGUUAAACUGCAGUGAGCAGCGACUGCAUGUUGGCCACUAUGUCAUCCACAGCAAUGUCGAGGAAAGCCUCGGUAAAUAAAUCAAAUAAAUCUAAAA